CGCAGCUUGCCACAGCUGCUUGUAACCUCCAAACAUUUCCCAGUGGGUUGAACUAAAAAAACAAAAAUAUGUAGUGGCCUUGUUUUUUCGUUUUCUUGUAACACAAAUAUUUGUAUUUAUUUUGAUUUUAAUUAUUCAAUAAAAAUAAUAAACUAUUAUCCCAUUUGAUGAGUUUGUAUACUCACACGACACUUUAUCAUUAUUAUUGUGAUUUGAAACAUUCCUUCCUUCAUCUAUAUUACAAUAAUUUGCAAUUUUAAGAAAAACAUAUUAUUCCAAUAAUGAGCGACAGCAUCAACACUCCUCAAAGUGCAAGAUUGAAAUUGAGGGAAUUCUUAACUACUAGCAGGCAGAACCGGUUAAAUGGAACUGUGGAUGAACAAAUAACAGUUGUCGAGGACCCCUACAAAAAUACCAGUGACAUGAAGCACAUAUUCAAAACAGCAACAUUAUAUGGUUACGAGCCUAGUAAAGAACACUUCUCACCUUGGGACUCUAAUUUUCCAGAGAAUCCAAAUAGGUCUGUUUACUUACAUGACAGUUUAAAUCCACUUCUUAACAGAUUGAAAGUAAUGAAACACAAUGAUUUGAUUGAAAUCCAGGCGCUUGAACUUCUAAGUUUGUGUCACACAAAUAAGCAUAUCAUUAAUGUUGAAUCAAUUUGUGAAUCAUCAGAUGAAACUGUCGCUCAGCAGUAUGAUAGCAUAUUCUUUAAUGGCAUAGCUUCCUAUGAUAGUGCCAUUAAAUCCAUGAAAAUGACAGUUUCAAUGGCAAAACUAGUUGCAGAGGGCAACGUUUUGAAUGGUUUCGCCAACGUAAGGCCCCCAGGUCAUCACGCAACAUCUGAUGUGCCAAAUGGUUACUGUCUAUUCAAUAAUGUAGCCAUUGCAGCAAAAUAUUUGUUGAAAGAAAAACUGGCGAGCAAAAUUUUGAUUGUUGACUUUGAUGUUCACCAUGGCCAAGGCACUCAACAGGCAUUCUAUGACACAGAUGAGGUCUUGUAUUUCUCUAUCCAUCGGUACGAAAAUGGAGAAUUCUGGCCAAACUUGAGAGAGAGUAACUUUGACUAUAUUGGAACUGGCAAGGGUAGAGGUUACAACAUAAAUGUCCCUCUUAACAAGACUGGACUUAACGAUUACGACUAUUUGAGCAUCAUUUUAAAUAUUCUAAUGCCGGUUGCUUAUGAAUUCGAUCCAUCCAUUGUUUUAGUUUCUGCGGGAUAUGACGCCUGCAUGGGCUGCCCAGAGGGUAAAAUGGAAGUAACGCCUGCAUUCUACCACCAUCUGAUUACCUCGCUGAUGGGUCUUGCUCAAGGGAAAAUUCUUGUGGUUUUGGAAGGUGGCUAUUUCAUACCAAGCCUGGCUGUUGCUGGCGUUCAGACAGUUAGAGCAUUAUUGGGCGAUCCAGCGCCACGAUUGCAGUAUCACAAAAGGAUCGAUUCAUCAGUUAUAGAUUCCAUAAAUGACGCGAAGGCAGCGCUCAUGAAACACUGGAAAUGUUUUUCUAUUAUGGAGGAGUCUACUUCAAUUAACAACAUAUUUCAUUAUGAUAAAUGCCGUUAUCAUAUGGCUGUUACAAAGUACCUUGGAACAGUGGACCAACCUCCUUUCCCAACUAGAGACAUAUAUAAUAAAAACACAUAUGAUGAAAAUAAACAUUAUGAAAAUGCCUUGGCAAAACUUGUUGAAACUUAUGACCUAAACCCUAAUAAAAUUGGCUAUGCUGUUAAUAAUUACUCAUUUGGUCAUCAGCCUUUGGUAAAUUGUCGAGCUCAAGAAGUGGAAGCAAGAGUCGCGGCAAUGAAAACCAAGUUAAUUGAGUAUGGGCUGCUUGACAAAAUGAUGAUUAUUGAACAUAAUGAUGAUGUUUUGCCAGACAAUUGGGAACAAGUGAAUGAGGUCAUUUUUGAGACGCACGGAAAAGAGUAUUUACAUGUAAUCGAAAAAGAAGUCGAACAAAGCGAUAAAUCGGACUGGUAUCUAACAAAUAAAUCAUUUAUUGUGUGCCAACGUUCCUGUGCAAUUUUAUGCACAUUGCUCAGAAGAAUUUGUGAUGGCAGCAUUAGGCAUGGAGUUGGAUUUGUACGUCCUCCAGGACAUCACGCCAAGGCGAAUGAAGGUAGCGGUUUCUGCCUGAUAAACAAUGUUGUUGUCGUUGCUAACUAUUGUUUGAAAUACAUAAAGAAUAUCCAAAGGAUUCUUAUUCUUGACUUCGAUGUCCACCAUGGGGAUGGUACUCAAGAACUUACAUAUGAUAAAUCUAAUAUUAUGUACAUCUCAAUGCAUCGAUUUGAUUCCGCAAAAUUUUAUCCUAAAGAUAAUUCUGGUGACUUUACAAUGGUAGGGGAGGGCAGAGCUGCGGGAUACAAUGCAAAUAUUGCAUUUAACAGUGCAAAAAUGGGCAAUGCCGACUAUUUAUACACAUGGAUUAGAGUUGUACUGCCAUUAGCCUACUCUUUCAAUCCAGACUUGAUUUUGGUUUCUGCUGGUUUUGAUGCUGGAGUGAACGAUCCUCUAGGUGGUUAUAAUGUCUCUCCGGAAAUCUUUGGUCACCUAAUCCAACUCACCAAGUCAAUUGCUCCCAUGAUGCUAAUCCUUGAAGGCGGCUACAACUUGGAAACAACUUCCCUAGGCAUGGUUAACUGCGUUAGAUCGCUUCUGAGCCAACCUCUACCGAUGCCUAAAAUCGACAGAAUACAGGACGAAGCUACCGCCGCUAUGAAAAAAACCAUAACAGCAUUGAAGCCGUUUUGGCCGAUUCUAGAAGUGAAUAAAAUAAUUGAUCCAAAAAUACGUCCAUUUAACGAAUUGGAUGAAUCUUGUAUUACAUUUGACGAAGAAAAAUGAGUUUCUAAAAAAUCGGCAUAUUUCUUGAGCAAAAUACUCAUUCAAAUAUUUGAAGUUUUAAGUGUUUUAACCGAGGUUUUAACAUUGAUAUUAUGUAGUUGAUUUGACUAAAUUGAAUUUUUGUGGUCUUUUUUUCCAGAUUUUUUAUAUUUUUUAUUUUUUAAUACAUAUACAUAUUUUAAUAUAUUUCAAUUGUACACUUUUUUGUUAAGUUUGUUUUUAAAAGUUUAUUCCAAUUUUUGUCUAGAUAUGGUUAACUUUUUAUGCUAUGGUAUGUCUUCAAUGCAAAUACUUUUAUGUUUCAAUUGAACAUAUUUUGAGUUUUUUUUUACUAUGGUGACAUCCUACUCAUGAGCAGUUCUUAUUUUGCGAUGAGAUGAUUCGUUUAAAUGCUCAAAAUUUAUUGGCUCAUUGUAAUGGUUGACCGAGUGCAAAUCAAAACUUGGUGCAUGAAAAAAAAAAAAUUGCGAUUAGAUACCUACUUUAUGUAUAAUAUUAAUCAUGUUUCGUGUAUGUUCCAAAAUGACUAAGCUUUGAUUUGUUCUUCCAUAGCAUCAAAAGUUUCUUUCUGUUGAUGUAAUGUGAAUAUAAGCACUAAUGUAUUAAUUAAUGCAGCUGACUUGUCUAAUAUUUGUUACUAAUACCAAAGACUGACAUUUUUGAGUGAUAUCAUUUUUUAUUCGUUUGUUAUUUAGCACCUCAUCAGUACAGUGUAGGAUCUACGGCCAAAACCACAGCGAUACUUGACUAAAACUUGCGGUAAUCAUUCACAGCUGAUUGACCUGGUCCUACACUGCAUUGAGCUAAAAGAAAACCGAAACGCGUCUGUACUUGGAUCCGCAUAAAAACUGUGUACCGGUUUGAUAUAAUUUGACUCUUUAAUUCCAUUUAUUAUCUUUACUUAUGUUAUUUGUUCUAAAAAAUCUAUUAAAUACUUAUUUUAUUAAAU